ACACACAGUAGUGGGGCCUGCAGGACAGCAAGAAUCAGCCAGCCUGGGUCCACGAAGCAUUGGGUGUGGGAACUCGGAAAGUCUGCCCUGUGUCACAUGACUCUCCUCACUUGAGGCAGGACAACUUUGUGCCCAAGAUACACAACCCAGAAAUCAUCAAUCCAGAGUUUAAUAAUUUGGUCGCAUAAAACUGUGUAACUACUUGACAGCCAAAACCGGCCAGCCUAGUCUUUUGAGACAAGAGACGGGAAUUCCACAGUGGUCCAGUGGUUAAGACCCCAUGCUUCCACUCCAGGGGACGGGCUCGGUUCAAUUCUUGGUCUGGAAAUUAAGAUCUGGCAUGCCAUGCUGUGCAGCCAAAAAAGGAGAGAGAUCCCUUUCUUCCACAGCCACUAAGGUGCUCGGUCCUUCUGAGGAAGCCAAGGCCAUUUUGGGGUGAGGCCCUCACUUCAUCUGGAGACUGGCACUGAGCCAGCAGCCCCACUGAGCACUCGCCCGCACCAUGGCCUCUGUCUCAGAGCUUCCUUGCACCUACUCGGCCCUCAUUCUGCCCAGUGAGGUGAUGGUCACAGAGGAUAAGAUCAGUGCCCUCGUUAAAGCAGCUGGCGUAAAUGUUGACAGUUUCUGGCCAGGCUUGUUUGUAAAGGCUUUGGCCAGUGUCAGCAUCAGCAGCUUCACCUGCCAUGUGGGGGCUGGUGGACCUGUCCCGACAGCUGGAGCUGCACCACCAGAAGGUCCUGCCCCCUCCACCACUGCUGCCCAAUCUGAGGAGAAGAAAGUAGAAACAAAGAAAAAAGAAUCUGAAGACCCUGAUGAUGACAUGAGCUUUGCUCUUUUUGACUAAACCUCUGUAGUAACUUCCCUGGUGGCUCAGGUAAAGCAUCUGCCUACAAUGUGAGAGACCCGGGCUCGAUCCAUGGGUCGGGAAGAUCCCC